AGACACACCCAACUACGUACAACUCAAGUACACACAGGAAAAACUGAAAAAGUCGCUUCUUGAAAUCACAAGUCUGAAACCAAUUUUACUCCGUUUACUGACAUAAGUUUGUCGUAAGUUGUGGUAGAUUGGCUGCUCAGACUGACUUUUUUUGGGUCAUAUCGUUUUAUAAUUUUAUUUUUUGGACCUAGCCUCACUGUUAUUUAUCUCGAAUUCAUUAGAUUUGUUUGACCCUCUACCUAGAACACACAAAACUUAGAUACUGAAAAAUUUACUGUACUAGCGUCAGAAGUUUAUCAGGAUAAACAACCUAAACUAUCAGGAUAAACGCGAGACACAGAAGAAUAACAAGAAGCGAUAUUGAAGAAGUUCUACAGAAAGUACUAGAAGACCUCUCGCUGUCCGCUUAAAUUAGUUACAAAACAGACGUUUUCCAGAACUAGACAAAAUGGUGGCUCUUUUUUCAAACAAGAGAGGUUUCGCGGCUGGUGCUCUGCUGGCUGCCGUCUUGAACAGCGAGGGCGCCGCGGCGCAGCCGAGAUUAUGGAGAGGGCGUGCUGAUGCUGACACAUGUGGCACUGAGUUGAGCUAUUGGCCUCGCGGUUGGGAGCGCAUGGGUGAGAAUGAGUGGAACCGUCAAAAGUUUGCUUUGGUUUCUGGAGCCGAUGCUUCCCCGCUCAGAGUCAUAGUGCCAGCGAUCGGCCAAGAUUCGCUCACGCUGGCGGAGCGCUCGGCACAAAAUGGAGCGGUGGUCACGGGGCCGACCUUUUUCAAGGGAACCAACGAAGAAGACUUCCUGCAGAAUUUCGCACAUGGCCUGGUCGAUAACAGGGUGGAUCCACGAAAGGUGGGGAUCGUGGUCCCCGCAAACCAUGGUUUGCCCGGAGGUAAAACCAGUAUCAUUCCGAAGCCGGACCGUUUCCGCGGUGUCGCCUACCGCUUCCCGUUGAACACGGAGCAGAUCAAGAUCAACCGAGAGCACGGGGGGGAAGAGUCGCUCCUGAGCAACUGGUACGUCCACUCCGCCAGAGGAUUGGCCACCGACCCCAUCGCGAAAGCCAAAAUGAUUGCGAUGUAUCAGAAGACGCUUAUGGGUGCAUGGGGAAUGAAAACGAACACGCCAGGCGAUAACCGCACUAUCCAGCAAAUGGACUACACGACCACCACCAAUCCCUACUCCUUUGCGGACUGUUGGGUCCUGGCAAACCCGCGUCUCGGACGGCAGAAAAAUGGGCGUUACGUGGACAUUGCCUCUGGGGGCAGGCAGUUCGGCGCUUUUCUGUUCGUUGCAGCGCCAAACGGGAACCGUGGGAACUCUGCUUGGGGCUCAAUGACGCGCACGCUGAGCACCCGCGCGCAGACGCACUUCGGCUUUUUUGAGGCUGGCGUGCAUGCGGCGAUCUCAGGCGCCAUCGACGCGGCCAUUCGUGAGCAGUUGGAGCGGGGCCGACCUCUUCGCGUGCUUUUGUUCAACAAGUUGGGUGGAGGGAUUUACUGGCCACGCAAUGUGGCGGGUGAUAAAAACUCAGGAUUCAAGAAUGGGGGCCCGACUGCUGAGUUUUACGAAAAUCUCAUCCAGCAAGUCCUUCAGGAAAGGGUGAGUGUUCAGAUCAAUGGAGUCGUUAAGAUCCUGCCGAAGGGCGCCUUCUUUGAGGCCAUCUACGUCACCGGAUUGGUGAAGGGGAACGUUGGUGCUCAACAAGGACAAAACGCUCAACAGCAAGGACAAAAGGGCCAACAGCAGCCUCCCCCGCAAAAUGAUGGACUCAGUGGCGGAGCGAUUGCAGGCAUUGUUAUCGGUAGUGUCGCGGGCGCUGGCCUAAUUGGCUUCCUCAUUUGGUGGUUUGCCAUCAAGAAGUAGAAACGACAUACACAAUGUCGUCACAGAGUAGUCCGUCAUGUUAUUUAUCGAGAAUGAAGAAACUCAUUGAUGUCGGUUGAACAUGAUUAUCCAGCAUAGAAGCACCACUUCGGAUAGGAAUACUUCUUCCUAGACACAUCAUCACGAGUUAGAACGUUCCGUAGGUCACACUCUGUCACAUCGGCGGCCAGGAGAUGAAUUAGAAGUAAAUUUGUGACUUUGCUUUUACGGGUGAGUAUGUAUCUAACGCAGUGGGAGAAACUGAUGGAAGGCCCUUAUAAUUUGCUAAAAGUAAAUGUUGAUGAAGGAUUCCUAAACCCUAGGAGUACAACGUCCGAGUCCGUCUCGAUCAAGCGGACUGAGGACAAGAAUGGGAAGAACUGCGAAAACUAUAGAUGUGAGGCGAACCGCUAUUAUUGAUUUCGCCAUUCUGUAAUGACGAUUGCAAAAGAACAGCGUUUCCUCAUGUUUGAGGAAGAACAUAAGUAAGUACUUCAUGUUUGAAGAGAAUGAAAAUAAUGUUGAAUUACAGUAAAAGCCGGAAUUAGUUUGAAGGUGGGCUCAAAAAGAGGGGAUGGCGACGGACUCGCGAAAAAUAUGCGAGUUCUUCAAAUUCACCUCGCUGGGUUCAUCAUUAUCAUCAUUAUUCUAACUAGGUGGAACACGACUGGUGUCAGGAUAUCAGUACUUUUACCUAGCACGAACUUUCAAUAAAGCCAUGUGCUCUUUUGGUUUAUUAAACAGCCUUGCAGAGACAAAAUCGUGGCCCGUAAACAACCAGAUGAAGAAGUGGAUGCUGCUGCCGCGACAACCCGAAGAAAAACAACGAGGUGACAGACUGCAUAGGCGUAAUACAGGACCACUGAAUUCGAGCUCAAAAAACUGCUUGUCAAAAACCGCUCGUAAAGGAGGAUUGAAUUUACCUAUUAAUUUUCUUACACGAUACCGC